GAGCUGCUGGUGCGUUGACGCCCAGUCAUUGCUUUGUUUGCUUGGGUCUGCAGUCGCUUCUGCUCAUCUGACGUUAGCCAGGGGGGGCGCAGAGAAACCUAGAUUUUUAUUUUUCUCCAAGCUUUUCCCUUCUUACCAGAGAUGUCUAGGUACCACAAAGCAGCGAUUGAUGGAUACGUGGAACUCUUGAAGGAGGCCACGGUGAAGGACCUGAACACGCCGGAUGAGGAUGGCAUGACUCCCACCAUACUGGCUGCUUUUCAUGGACAUAUCAGUGCUCUUCAGCUCAUAUGCAGCAGAAAAGGAGAUCCCAACAGGAGUGACAUCUGGGGAAACACACCCCUGCACCAUGCAGCAGCUAACGGCCACAUGCACAUCCUCAGCUUCCUGGUCAACUUCGGCGCCAACCUUUUUGCUCUGGACAAUGAAUUCCACACGCCAAUGGAUGUCGCCGCUUCACGCGACCACAUGGAGUGCGUGCGCUUCCUCGACGCUGCUGCAGCAAAGCAGACCAAUCAAAAUCCAAAAAAGGUUGCCAAUCUGAAGAAAGAGGCCGAAAAAGAGGCAGAGAAACGCGUGAAACUCUGCGAGAAGGUGAAGAAAAAACACAAGAGCAAAAUGGAUAGAAUGCAGCGUGGAAGCAACUCCGGCUCCUUUUCAGAUGCAGGAACCGCAUCGUCACUGUCAAACGAUGGCACCAUCACGGGCGUCAAUGAACAGUUUUCCAAGCUCAUCACUGACGAUAAAGUUGGCUCUAUUAAAGGCACACUCCUGAAGAAGUUUGGGAAGAAGGACAAAGGCACGCUGCAGAGGUCAGAAGGAAGUGGGAACGUUAUUUUCCUCAAACCAGAGAGCGGAUCUGAGAACCCAGAGUUUGUGGACGUCUUCAACGAGCAGGACGAGAACAUGUUAGAAGAAAUGGACAGCUUCGGAGAUGACGACGAUGAUGGAGGCCAAGUGAAACAAUCCAUCUUCAAUCGGCCCGGCCUUGGAGGCCUGAUGUUCAGGAAGAAGAUGGGGCUAGACUCUGACGACAUCCCCAGCAGUGCCAAUGAAAGCCUUGGUUACCUCGUUCAAAGCGAGCCGUUUGAGGCAGACGAAGACACCUCUGGCUUGAUGACGGGUGACAACGCACUGCCGUGGGAACAGGAAGAUCUGGGACUGGAUGAUGAUGAAGAUGAGGAAACCUCUCCUUUGGAUGUGUUCCUGUCCUCUAUCUCCUUGCCAGAUUUUACGCCCGCAUUCAACAGAGAGCACCUUGACUUGGAGGCACUCAUGCUUUGCUCUGACGAAGACCUCAAAGGGAUCCGCAUCCAGCUCGGACCCAGGAAGAAGAUCUUGGAAGCUGUUGCUCGCAGAAGAAAGGCCCUGGAAAAUGCAGGCAUCAUGAAGGACAGCUCCUUGUGAUCUGAAACAAAAACUGUUAUUUAUCCUCCAAAUUUAAAAUAAGCCUUUUGUCAGUUCGAUUUCUGUAUAAAACAAACACGAUUCAGCAAACUAGUGUCCUAGAAAAAUUCCAACAUUUCUAAUGGAUUGAACUUUAUUGAUCAUAUUAUGACAAUAUGUUCUGUGUAUACCUGUUAUAUCAAGUUAAAAGUGGCAUGGCAGCAUCAACCAACACUAUCAAUAAUAUCUUAUACGUCUGGUUUUAAAACAAGAGAAGAAAAGGAUAAUUAUGGGGGGAAAAAAAUAAAGAAUAAUAAAUAAUAAAGUGUUGGUAUUGACCUGCUGGCUGACUUUCUCCACAUAUGAGGUGAUAUGCCACACACACAGAUGAUUUGCUUGUGCAGCUGUAUGUUUUAUUGUAAUCAUGUCGACCUCAGAUAACACACCUGUUAAAUAAACAAAAGGCGCAUGCGCGAUAGUCUCUCCAGUUUAAUAUUUCCAAAUGGAUUAAAAAAUUUCCCUGACAGGAACAACAGCUGCUACGAACACAACAAAAAAGAGAGGAAAACAAGCACAGGAGCCACUAAAUGACUCACAGCAAACACAAGCAGGCAGGCUAAAACUGGUGAACUAGUAAACACAAUGGAGUGACCUGAAUAGAAUAGAAUAGAAUAGAAUAGAAUAGUCCUUUAAUUGUCCCACAAGGGGAAAUUUGGUUGUAACAGCAGCACAGAAAAAAACAAAAACAAAAAAACCCACAUAUACAAACAGACCAGGACACAGGACAUUGAACAGAAACACACACAAUUUUUUACAUAUUUACAUCAUGGAUAAUAGUUACCAAAACAGAGUACUGUACAGUUAUCAAAGUUAAAGUACAGAUAAGUGGCAAACCCAGGUUGUAGUGUGCAAACGGAGCAGGAUACUGAA